AUGGUAGUUAAUUAUUUCACUACUGAACAAAUUGCAAAUAAUCGGUUGCAACUAAAGACCUCAAUUUUUAUUGUCCAACAUCUUGCCUUUCAAGCUAUAGCUUUUAGAGGUCAAGAUGAAAGUUUUAGUUCAUCUAAUCGUGGGAACUUUUUUGAAUCAUUGGGUAUUGUGACUUUUUGGAAUGAAAAGGUUGCUAAAAUAAUAGAAAAAACUCCCAAAAAUGCAACCUACACAUCACCUAGGAUUCAAAAGGAAAUUCUACAUGUUUUCUUAGCCAAAGUGAAGAAGGCCAUUUGGGAAGAAAUUGGUGAUGCAAAGUUUUGCGUAAUGAUUGAUGAAACUCGUGAUGAGUCCAUGAAAGAGAAAAUGGCUAUGGUUUUUGGAUAUAUAUACAAAAUAUUUGAGAGCAAGGAUAUGAUGGAGCAAGCAACAUGUGAGUGUAAUGAGCAAUUGAAAGUUGUCAAUGCUAAUGAAAUAGCACGUUUGAUUGAUCUUAAAGAGCUUAAGACAAGAAAUGGACUUAAUCAAAUUGGCACUUUACAACGACCUGUAGAAACAUGUUGGAGUUCACAUUUUAGACCAGUUUCUAGCUUAUUAAGGAUGUUUACUUCAACUGUUGAAGUUUUACUAAAUAUAAUUGAUGAUGCAGGUGAUGGAGAACAUCAGGUAGAAGUAGAGUCAGCUUAUGAUGGUUUAACUUCAUUUGAAUUUGUCUUCAUCUUUCAUCUUGAGAAGGAAACUAUGGAGAUCACUGAUAAACUUUGUCAAGCUUUGCACAGCCAAUCUCAAGACAUUUUAAAUGCCAUGCAUUAG